AUGUCCUUGAAAGCCUUUAUGAAAGAAGUCGCAAUGGGGAUAGAGGGUGUGAGACCUGACUUUGGGGUAGAACGAAGGCCCGGGCUCGAAACCCGUCCUGCGGAAUCGACGGUCCUGCACUACUGGAAAGUUUUCAGCCGUGCUUUCUAUCGAGCAGAUGAUUCCCUUGGACCAAAGAUUACACUUUCGGUUCGACAGUACAUCAAAAUUGAUCUACAACAAGACUUUCCCAUGCCAAAAGUGAAGCGCCCUAGGCGUUUUGGUACCCCGACGCAUUAUGGACACCUUGCUACUCAGAUCUGGGGUCAAGAUUGGCACAUCUACCCAAACCCGUCAGUCCGAGUCUAUGACUGGGCAGGGCUGAACGCUCAUGUCACCUCGGCCUCCAGAAUUGGAGAAUAUUUCGAGUCUACCUGUCGGCCAGGAACAGAGCGAGGAUUACACUUUAGGGAUGUCCAAUUUGUGGUAUUUUACAACGAAGAUGGGAAGCCAGAGCUUGGAUUCCAGCUCAUUCGUGACGCGAAAGGGAUGACCGAUAUCCCUAAUCAAAGGCCGAAGCAUGUUAUUUACGAAGGAAUCACUCCGGGACCCCUCUUCGAGAGCGGGAUGCUCUUCCAUCUUGCUUUCCUUUUAGCAAAGAAUGCGCUCCAAGGAUGUGAAACAAUUGCCAAGCUCUUUGCUAAGAAACCUUAUCCUGGGGACACUAUCUCAGUCAUUCCGUGGAAAGAAGGCAUAGAGGAUGAACCCUUCUAUCCUAGCGCAUUCGGCAAGGGCGUUGAGCGAGCUGGUCCGAUUUCGCACCGGAUUCGGGAGCUUGGAAUACGGGCCGGCUAUGCUCAGCCACCGCGUCCCCAUGACUUCAGAGCCGGCAGCUUGUUACGUGUUGAUGGGCAAGGUGCUUACUUCACGGGCCAUUCUCGCAAGAAUGUGCUGGAGCCAUUUCAAGAUCUGACAAUUCGCCGCAAUCCCUUCAUGUGGCAAGCACUCCCUGCACAGAGGCGUGCUGAGUUUGAGGAUUCGGAGCCGAUAAAAGAGCUUCGGGCUGAACUGUAA